AAAAAAAAAAAAAAAAACGAAAAAAAAGAAAAGAAAAAAAGAAAAGAAAAAAAGAAAAGAAAUCAUCAAUGACGCAAGUCUUCAAACAUUUUCUCGGUGGGGGUGACGUCACUCUCCAUCUUUCUGCUGCUUACCAAGCCCCGGAAGCGACCGUGCACACGCACACUCACUCGCACGCAAACUGAAGAGAGAAGGGUGUGGAAAUGGAGAUUGUGUGGGACUGGAAGUCGAUAGGAUCCCUCCUGGCGACACUGGUGUUCAUCCGGUCGACGGUGCGGGAAGUCGUCCCGCGGGAGAUCCGCGACUUACUCUUCUCCUUCCUCGGCCGGCUGCUGACCUUCCUCCAGCCGAAGGCCACCAUCUCCAUCGAAGAGCACGACGCCUCCUCUUCCGUCAACGACCUCUACGACGCCGCCCAGAUGUACCUCGGCUCCCGCUGUCUCGCCUCCAGCCGCGCCGUCUCCCUCUUCAAGCGCCGCAACUCCGACCACGUAGUUUCCUCCCUCCCCAACUCCCACACCGCCCUCGAUUCCUUCAACGGCAUCCCCAUCCGCUGGACCUCCUGCGCCCUCCAGAACCCCCCCUCCUCCUCCCCCCACCGCUAUCCCUCCGAACACCGCUUCCUCGAGCUCUCUUUCGACCUCCGCCACCUCGACGCCGUUCGUUCUCAGUAUAUUUCUUACAUCCUCGAUGAGGCCACCCGCCUCCGCCUCAAGAACCGCGAGCGCCACCUUUACACCAACCGCCACACCGCCCCCGGCGAAGACCACCGCCGACCCUGGUCCUCCGUCCCCUUCGCCCACCCCGCCACCUUCGACACCCUCGCCAUCGACCCCGCCCUCCGCGACGAUAUCCGCUCCGACCUCCUCCGCUUCGUCGGCCGCCGGGACCACUACGCCCGCGUCGGCCGCGCCUGGAAGCGCGGGUACCUCCUCCACGGCCCACCAGGGACGGGCAAGACCAGCCUCGUCGCCGCCAUCGCCAACCUCCUCGAGUUCGACGUCUACGACCUGGAGCUGACCGCCGUGAACUCCAACUCCCACCUCCGCCGCCUCCUCAUCUCCACCACGCCCAAGUCCAUCAUCGUCGUCGAGGACGUCGAUUGCUCUCUCGACCUCUCCGACCGCAACCGGAAAAAGAUCGCCCCCAAACCCGAACCCGCCCAAGCGCGAUCGCGGGCGAGCGCGGGUCUAUGGAGCGCCGGCGAGUACGGCGACGUGGGGAUGGUGAGCCUGUCGGGCGUGCUGAACUUUGUGGACGGGCUUUGGUCGUCGUGCGUGGGAGAGCGGCUGAUGAUCUUCACGACGAACCACCCGGAGCGGCUCGACCCGGCGUUGCUCCGGCCUGGCCGGAUGGACAGGUCCAUCCACCUCUCGUACUGCGAGCCGGCGGCGUUCCGGGUGCUAGCGAGGAACUACCUGGAGUUUGGAGUGGAGGAGCUCGAGGAGCUGAUGGCGGAAGCGGAGGCGCUGCUGUUGGAGGUCCAGAUGACACCGGCGGAUAUCGCGGAGGUGUUCAUGGGCUGCGACGGCGAUCACGCGGACGUCGCGAUGCGGACGGUGGUGGAAGAGAUGCGGCGGCGGCGGAAGGCUCUGGUGUCGCCAUCUCCGUCGCUGUUGACUUCAGAUGGCGGGGUGGCUGGUGGCACAGACCAAAAAAACGAGCUUCCAGCACCAACCAUUCGCGAGGGCUGGGCAACUUAGGACCGGUUCGGGUUGUAUCUUUCGCGCGAAGGAAUGAUUGAUAUUUUUUCGCGACAUCAUCCGUUGGAUGGCGGCCGCACUCCUCAUUCGUCAGACUGGUCCAUUGUAAGGCGAUGGCUGUGAAAUCCAUCGGUGGAUUCGCGCAAAGGAAGGUGAAUCCUUCUUUCGCAUGAAAGAUACAAUCUUUACCCACUUAGGAUAAACCGCGCAUCAUCAAAUAAAGCAGUCCAUAGUAUAUUAUUUAUGGUCCUCCAUGUGGCCAUCAAGGGAUGCGCGGGCAAAGGAACUUGAUUGGGAUAAAAGGAUCCAAUUUGUCAAUCUUCCUUGUUUUUGUGCUGCAAAAUACUUGUUAAUCCAGCAAUCUUUGCAAAAUAUGUAAUCUAAGAUGUCCCUAAAUCUGCUCAUCCAAAUAAUGAAAAUUAGUCAGAUCUAAAUCUGAUCUGACUUUGCCUUCAGCCUACUUUCCAGGCUCGAGCUCAGUAGCUUUGGGCUUUGGGUAGAGCCUCGGGAUGGACCAGCCAA